AUGUACGGCGGUUCCGCCUCGUCGGGGGGCAGAUGGUCGCUCGGAGCCAAGACGUACCGUGCUCCGACCGAGGGGGAGCGGCUGAGGGAGGCGCAGGACCGCCUCGUGCGCGAGGGCGAGCGGCGCAAAAUCCACGAGAUCAAGCACGAGGAGCGCCACAUCCGCAAGCAGCGUGAGCUCCAGCUCGAGGCCGCACGCGCCAACCGACACGCUGUCGGCAUCGAGCACGGCGUUCAAGGCGGGCAGCUCCUCGCCGGCGGGCUCGUUGCGCCGUCGCCACGUCUUCGCGCCUCGUCCUUCGGCUCGUACGGCGCGCGCCCUGUCGGCCUCCUCGGCAGCCCGGCCACGGCCGGCGGGCUCCUCGGCAGCCCGGGAGGAGGAGCGCUCUUGCGCUCGCGGUCGCGCUCGAGAGACCGGGCUCUCGUCGGUGCCGAGAGGUUGGCGCUCGACGAGGCGAGGAGGAGGGAAACGGAGCUCGCGAGGAUCAGGGCGCAGCGCAGCCAGCUCGAAGCCGAGGCGAUGAGGAGAAUGCGCCACGAACGCGCCGCCCUCGCCGCCGCCAACCAGGCCAUCCUCGCCUCGCCGCGCAUGUCGCCUGCGCUCCUGCCCUACGGCGGCGUCGGUGCCGGCGGCCAGAUGCUGCGCCGCACGCACUCGUGGAGCGGCGGCGUCCCGGGCGCCGGAUACGGCUCGCCUUACCUCGGCGUCAGCGGCGGUCUCGGCGGGCACCACCACCACCACCAUGCGUCGCCUCGUGUCGUCCCCGUCCCCUACCCCGUCCCCGUCCAGCAGCCGCACCUGCACGGCCUCCACGGCGGCGGCGUCCCUCUGCGCGCUCGCACCCCUUCUCCCGCCCGUCUCGGCAUGUCGCCACGCCUCCUCGCCCGCACGCCCUCGCCCAACGUCGUCAACUACAACACGUUCAACGUGUCGCCUCGCGUCGGCGGGUACGGCGGCGGGUACGGCGGCGGGGUCGGCGACCUCGGCGCGCUCGACGACCUGAACCUCCACGAGAGGGGCAUGAUCGACCCGCCGCUCUUUGGCGGCGGCCUCCUCGACGACGUCGGCGGACCGGGAGGCAUGGGCGGCAUGCCCGGCGCGUUCGGUGCGGGCGAGCUCGACUUUGCCGUGACGGACGAGGCGCACGUGCCGGGCAGGACGAUCGUGCAAGACCUCGGCUUCGUCGAGGGCCUCUCGUCGCGCUCGGGCGGUGGGGGCCUCCUCAGCGAGGACGACCGGCUCAAUUUCGCCAUCGCCGACCUCACGGCGCAGGCGCAGGGUCGCGGCGCCAACGGCGUCCUGCAGGUCGAGACGGGCGAGGACCUCGGUGGCGAGAUUGUCGUCAGAGGGAGGGCGGUCGUGCUCGCCUGAGCGGGCGCCGUCGAGUGUUCUUGCGGGCCGAGAGAUGCGGGUCGGCCAUGUACUUGACUUGGAGUUGUUUCGGGCGGCGCAAUGAAGCUGUACGACCC